CCGCCUCCCGCACCCGCCUCACGUGACCGCCCGGCCAUGGCGUCCCGGCGCGCGCUGCACUUCGUCUUCAAAGUGGGCGACCGCGGGCGGAGCGCGCGCUUCUUCCGCGAGCUGCUGGGGAUGCGGGUGCUGAGGCACGAGGAGUUCGAGGAGGGCUGCAAGGCCAGCUGCAACGGCCCUUAUGAUGGAAGAUGGAGCAAAACUAUGGUGGGGUACGGGCCAGAAGACAAUCACUUUGUUGCUGAAUUGACUUACAAUUAUGGUAUUGGAGAGUAUUGCCUGGGCAAUGACUUUCUGGGCAUCACACUCGUGUCCAGCCAGGCUGUGAGCAAUGCUAAGAAGAUGGGGUGGCCCCUCAAAGAAGUCACAGCUGGUAUUUUUGAAGCUGAAGCCCCUGGGGGAUACAAGUUCUACUUGGAAGACAAGGAGCAGCUCAAGCAAGAUCCUGUGCUGAAGGUAACCUUGGGUGUCUCCAAUCUGCAGAAGUCUGUUAACUACUGGUCUGAUUUGCUUGGGAUGAAAAUCUAUGAGAAGGAUGAGGAGAAACAAAGGGCUUUGCUGGGCUAUGCAGAUAACCAGUGCAAGCUGGAGUUGAAGGCUGUUGGAGGAGCAGUGGAUCACGGGACGGCGUUCGGGCGGAUUGCCUUCUCCUGCGCCAAGGAUGAGUUGCCAAACAUUGAAAAACUGAUGAAAAAGGAGAAUCAGAAAAUUUUAACACCUCUGGUUAGCUUGGACACACCUGGCAAGGCCACAGUGCAAGUGAUUAUUUUGGCUGAUCCUGAUGGCCAUGAAAUCUGCUUUGUGGGAGAUGAAGCAUUCCGAGAUCUGUCCAAGGUGGACCCCAAUGGUGACAAAUUGUUAGAUGAUGCCAUGGCAGCAGACAGCAGUGACAAGUGGUUUGCUGCUCACAAGAAGAAGAAAGCUGCUGCCUAGCUGGAGGAGAGGACUGCACUGCUCCCUCCUGCCUUGGUUUUCAGGAGCAGGAUGCCAAUCAUGUGUCAUGUGUUGCAUUACCCCUUCCAGCAAGAGGGUGCCAUGCUGGUUGGUUUGUUUGAUUGAAGCUUGUGUCUCUCACCUUUCUGGCAAUAACCAUGUUCUCCUUCAGAAAAAAAUAAGGGUGUGCAGUGAGGAGCUGGGAUGGGCACGUGUCUUUAAAAGCAGGGGCCAUCAGUUAGGAGCAGAAACACAUUUCUCAGUUAUUAUACUUAACAAAGAAGUUGCUAGAUUAAUUCCAACAUCCAAUUCUCUAACUAAUUGGCUUUAGCUGCCCUGGAUCUGCAGCUUAGAUAAGAUUCCUUGCAGGCACCUCACUUUGUGGCAAAGUGCUGGGCUGUGCAGGGAGACCUCCAGCAGUUCAGCUCUUGCAGCACGUGCCUGGAAACAGAGAAAUGAUCUUGCCUGAAGCACGUUGAAUGCUCUGGUCUGGAACAAACCCUAUUUGCAUUCCAAGACAAUUCCCUAGCUUUCAAGGUGAAAUGUUCACUUGGGAAGCCUGUGGUGUGUUUCUCACCAGGGUCACUUCAUUGAUGUGUUGGUUUCCAUCUCAUACCAAGCUCCUGCAUCCCCACCUCCUUAUGGCAGCACACAGAGCCUUCCACAUUCCAGGUGGGAGCUUGGGCCAUGCUUUGGGAUGUGUAGCAGCUCUCUGCUGUCUGCUGAGGGGCUGGGAGGCAAGUGUGUCAUGCUUUUACAAUUAGCUUUUGAUGAGAAAUUGCCUUUGAAAAUUAACAGUUCAGGGUUGAUUCCGUUGGAAUGAAGUCAUGCUGCUUUUGCUGCUGGACUAAGGGUUGGGAAUACAGGGAUUAACUACCAGCACUGCCCGUGUCAGCCACGCUGCCUGGUUUGUAAUCCUUGAGUAACACCUUGAAUAAUUUUUGCAGAGAAAAGCCGGCAAAACCAGCAGCAAUAACCGCUGCCAGGGCACAUUGGCAGCAGUUGUGAAUGUUCUGUGUUCCAAGGGGGAAGAUUAUUUACUGUGAUUUUUGUUGCUUGAGCUUUUGAUUCGAGUUCCCCAGCGAUCUGUGACUCGAGCUGGAAGUCCUGCCACGUGUACAUCGCACCCUGCAGCCGGCGCUGCCCUUUGCUGCCGCUGCCCUUGAGCGAAUAAAAACGCCUGGGGAGGA